AUGUUGGCUCGAUCAGCAAACAGGAAAUUGAAGAAUAUCCCGUGGAACGAUGCGAUGAGAAGAAAAGGUGAGAAACUUUUUCACAUUCCACUUGAACCAUUUCUUUUUAGAAACCAACAUUUCCAAUUCCACGGCUUCAUCUUUGAAAGUCGCCGAGAACAUGAAGUAUGUCGUGCACAAAACAAAUUCCGUCGAACACCCAAGUGCUGAUACAAGUGAGUAUCGUUAAUUUUAAGUUAAAACUAAAAUUAAAUUUAGAUCCAACGGCUUCAUCUUUGAAAGUCGCCGAGAACGUGAGCCCAGAGAGAUACGCCGCGUACAUGUUGCUGCCAUCAUUCUCACGCUCAGUGUCAUUAGUGAAUUCCUUUUUGCACAUCAUGUUGUUCUUUUUGAAUUUGUUGAUUUUCAAUAAAUCAAAUACCUUGUUUAUUGUUUUGUGAGAAAAAAAAAACGCUUUAUUACAAUAAUUACCUGGUUUCGUCUACACGACAUUCAGGAUCAGGGAUGGAGAGACUCUUCUUCGUCGAAACGUCCUUCGUUUACCCUCCUGA